AGCUGGAGCUCACCACUUUCAGAGAGAAGCUGCUGGAGCUUUCUAACAAGAGGACCUGCACGUUUCUCCUCCCUGUCUUCACCAGCGGUUUUCAGAACCAGAACUUCCUAACACAUAAAUGAACAGCUUUUGCAAAUGAUGGCUGCAGCUUCAGCUGAUUUACCAACCAUUGGUCCACACAAGGAAGAAUUUUGGAGUAACCAAACCAACCUGACCACAAAUGCCUCAGAAAGCCACAAUGAUGCCAGCUGUUCCUUGGAUGACAACAACUCGCUUUCACUUGCUUUGAUAGUUUUUUACUCCAUUAUUUUUCUCGUUGGAUUAGUUGGAAAUAUUAUAGCCCUGUUUGCUUUCCUGUGCAUUCAUCAGAAAAGGAAUUCUAUCCAAGUUUACUUGCUAAACGUCGCUGUUGCAGACCUUCUGCUGAUCUUCUGUCUCCCCUUCCGGAUACUCUAUCAUGCCACCAACCACUGGAUGUUCGGGAGGAUUUUUUGCAAGGUUGUGGGAACGCUGUUUUACAUGAACAUGUACAUUAGCAUAGUACUGUUAGGACUAAUUAGUCUGGAUCGCUAUAUCAAGAUAAAUAAGUCUGUGAAGCGUCCAAAGAUGUUGACCACUACCCGGAGUGUGCAGAUUUGUUGCACGGUGUGGGCAAUUGCACUGACAGGAUUUAUAGUCAUAGUUGCACCAGCUUUCUUUAAGAAUGAGGACAGCAACUCUACCAAGUGCUUUCAUUACCGAAGCAAACAGAAUGCAGAGAAGACAGAAGCAAUUUUAAAUUAUAUCACUGUACUGAUUUUUUGGAUAGUUUUUUUCCUUUUGAUACUUUCCUAUGUUAAAAUUGCCAAGAACCUUCUGAAAAUUUCAAGGAGAAGGGCAAAUUUUCCCAAUGCAGGAAAAUACACCAAGACAGCAAGAAACUCUUUCAUUGUUCUCAUAAUUUUCACCAUCUGUUUUGUACCUUAUCACAUGUUCAGGCUUGUCUACAUCACAUCACAGUUACAAACCCUAUCCUGUUACUGGAUGGAGAUCAUUCACACGUGCAAUGAGGUGAUGCUCAUCUUUUCAUCAUUUAACAGCUGCCUAGACCCAGUCAUGUAUUUCCUAAUGUCCAGGAGUGUCCGUAAGACUGUAUUCCAACUGAUUUGCAGAAAACUUCAUGGAGAGUCAAGCCUAAACCUGGAGAGCACCUCAGACAUAAAACUUGGCCAAUACGCUCAAGAGCGAUUAUCUACAACCACUCCUCACUCCAGCUACUCAAGGAAGAAGUCGAUGAUUUGAAUGUUUAAAUGAAUCUCUGUCCCUCCACAUCACCAAUUUCAGAUCACAAAAUCCUCUACUCUACAGCUACUAAUUCUGCCUCUUUCCUCCUGUUAAGAAAAAUGAGAAGUCUUACUUCUGUUAGUGAAAACAAGAACUUACUUCUCAGAAGCAUUUUUUCACUCUUGUUUAUCCAAGAAAACAAAUUAGGAAGUUCUCAGACAUUUUGUGUUGGACUAAACUAGAACACUAACUCUUUAGGGAGAUUUCCAUGAAGGGGUUUGAACCUGUAUAAGUAAAUUUGUAUAUACACAUUAAUAUUAGUAGCUUGUGUAUGUAAAUAAUAGAUGAAUUUUACAAAAAGUAAAUUCUGUCUUAUUUGAAAAAUCCAGAUAACAUUGCAGGUUUUAUGUAUUUUAUGGUUUUCUCUGUUUUAACAGGUUUCCAAGAGAUCAGUAUUUUAACUACAUUUACAACCAAAUUUUUAAAGAAUAUAUUUGAGAAUUUAGCAACAUAAGUCUUAAAAAUGAGGUGAAGAAUACAACACCUAUCAAUUCAGUUUUAAGUACAGAAGACACUCUAAGUUUUAUUAAGCAGCAAAGUUAAAGUAUUCAAUCCUACUGAGACACUUGUAUUUCCAAUAUUUUAAUGAGUGUCAAGGUCAAACACCUGAGGAAAAGCAAGCACAGCUCCAGAAAAUUUGAACUAAAUCAAGGAGAGAUGAUAUGUGGGUAUUUCCUAAGAUUUCCUUCAAAAUGACAAAUUUGAUUACUGCACAAAGUAGUUCAGCAAGGAACAUAAACUCACAGAACCAAAAAGAUCAGCCAAGCUCAGCCACUGGUCUGCUCCUAGAUUUCCAAAGCCACUCAUUCCAGCUGCAUGCUUCUUCCCUGUCAGGAGACUUUUCUUUCCAUGUGAUGAAAAUAAUUUUGAUAAUUGCUGAUGCCAUGUGAAUAGCAAUGCAACAGCAACAUUUCAUAGCUACAGCUAUAUUCUCAGAUUAAAACUAAACAGCUUGAUUUAUUAAGGCACAAACAGAUUUCGAGCUGUAACAUUUCUCAAAAACCAGAGAUCUGAAGGUGGGGGAUGUCUGGCACAAAGAUGACUAAAGCAGCACAACCAUGAAGAACUCAAACUGGCAUAACAGACCAGAAAGUCGAAAGAAAUAGAGGCCAGACAUUGAGCUCUGUAAAAUAAGGAUGUAUUAUCAUGACACAUACAAACAAUACUGCUCAAGUAAGCAGGUGCAAAGAAGUUGGUUUUAAUAUGUAACUUCUCUAAUGGAUCAUGUGAUUUUUAAUGCCAAAUCUGCCAAAAUCUGUGGAUUUUUACUAGUUCCAUACUAUAUUCUGAUUUUACAGAAGAUACUCAUAAUACUCUGAUUGAACAAAGUAAGCAUAAGACUUUUAGAUAUAAACUUGAUUUAAUUUUGAUGUGAUCUUACAUCAUUCAGAUUUGAUGGAACUGGAUAUAAACAUGUUAAACAAAUUACAAUGACUAGCCAGUCUAAUUUUUUAAUUUUUUUUUUUGGGUAAUAAAGUAUUAGGGUGUUUCUUAAUCUUCAAAAGAAAGAUUCCCAAAAAUGUAAUUUCUUAAAGAUAUGACGGUAACUGCCUUUUUCUUGAACAUUUCAGCAUAAAAUGGAGGUGUUUGUACAAUAAUUUCUGAGUCUCACAGCAAUUGCAUUUCAUGAUCUUUUAUCUAUCAUUUUGUCAUCCUAUUUUAUUAAUUAUUCUCUUGGUUUUGUAUUUGUACAGUGCAAUUUUAUUAUGUAAUGCUGUAGUUCUACGUAGUUACAUGAAUUCUGGUACAUCUAGUAGAGUUUAUAAACCACAAUUUCACAAGAUUUAUGUAUUAUCUCAUCAUUCUUUCUUUUCUAUGCUUAUUCUGUGAGCAGUUGGUUAUUCUGUGAACAGCAGGUCAGGGUGAGGGUGUGGGCUGGGAAACUCAGGAGAGGACAGGCAUGAACAACACCAGCUUGAACAAAAUGUGAAUUCUAAAAUUCUCUUGAAGAAAGUGUUAGAUCAGAAUUUUCAUUUACAAGGUUUGUAAUUCAUGGACACAGCAGUAUUGCCAAAAUACCCUCAGAUCUCUCUAGAGAAUCAAAUAGUAGUACAAGGUUUUGAUACUGAAAAUCCAAACCGCAUUAAACUCAACUCUCCAGCCCAGAAAUUAAAAUCUGAAAGGGACCAGGUCUAUAAGAAAAUCUCUAAGAGCAGGCAUAGCACAGAAGACGGGAAUAGGAAUGACCAUAUGAUCUUGACAAAGUGCAGCAUUAAAGGAGUAGCAGUCAGAACAAAGAAACUACCACAGAAAGCAAUCAGAAAGUACUUUUGGAUUUCUACAACUGUAUAAAUCAGUUCAAGAUGUUAAGUUCAAGCUUCAAGAUGCUAAAGGCAGAUGUAUCAACUGGCUCAGAAAGGAAUUUUAAACUAGACAGCACUGCCAUGUAGGAAGCAAUUACUACUGACCAAGAAACAAAAGCAGGUUUCUUUACUCUUUAAAAAAAAAUAUUUAAUCCUUAUGUAUUUUUUCUGCAAUCAGUUUUCUGGAAUUUGAGGAUAAAAUGCUAGGCCUUACAAAAAAUACCACUGAAGAACAAAUAUCUUGGGAGAUCUGCUGAAAGUCACACUGUGACAUGUCAAAUGACUAUAGAAUCAAGUCACACAAAUAGUGUGUCUUACUUCUCCUUUUCCCAGUGCUUCCCAAUUACCCGAGUCCUCAGGUGAAUUUUAACAUGAAGGUGAUUCUAUUUAUUUUGCUUUCUGUAUUUAAAGGCUAAUUCAACACACAUCCCCAUAAAACAGCACAAACCUAAUUUUCCUCUGUACUCAAAUCUGUAAGACAUACUUGAAUUUCAACUGGUGAACCAAAAUGUACCAGUUCUGUGCUGGUUUUGGCUGGGAUGGAUUUUAUGAUAUGGGUUUGUGGUUUGGGCUUGUGAUCAAAACAGAGUUGCCAAGCCAGGGAAGCUCCAGCCAUUGCUAAGCAGCACCUGCACAAGAAGCAGCACCUCCCUGUCUGUCAGAACACCCCAGCAGUGAGAGGCUGGGGGUGCACAAGGACAUGGUGGGGACACAGCAGGGACAGCUGAGCCCAGGGAUAUUCCAGAGCACGUGGUGCCAUGCUCAGCAACAAAAGCCAAGAAGGAAGCUUGGCUAUGCUGCUAUUUCUCAGGAACCCACUGGGCACUGGUCAGAUGGGGUUGUUUUCUAUCACUAGUUUUUUUUGUUUCUGCCUGUAUCUUUUUCUUUAAGCUUAUUAAACUCCUUAUCACAAA